UUGUCAUUACCGCUCUCUUGACUGCUGGAUGCAGACUCGCCGCCGCCUCAGCUCGCCCGCCGCGCAAGUUUCUCCGCCGUGCGCCUCCGUGUUUCGAAACACUGUUCAGGUGUGAUCUUCCCCGCUUCUCCCUUUCUCCCAUCUCGCCGCCCCUGCAGGAAGUGUACUGUAUACUGUACAUUACUAUGCGAGCAGAGGGGCUGGAGGUCGGCGCAGCCCGGGACUGAUCGCUCUCUUGACACCGCGCGCCUCUUCCUCUUCCUCGGACGCGUCUUGGAGGUACACAAGCUGCUGCUGCUCCGGAUCUCCCUGGUAGUGCCAUGUCCGCGCGAAAGACGUCGUUGACGGACAAGCAGGCUAAAAACGGCACGUCAAAAUAUGUGUUGGAGAGAUGCGCCUCUAUUAACGAGUACUAUGAUGUUGCCUUCAAGGUGAUGCUGCUCGGAGACUCUGCGGUGGGGAAGACGUGCGUUUUGGUGCGCUUUAAAGACGGCGCAUUUCUGGGAGGAAACUUUAUAGCCACCGUCGGAAUAGACUUUAGGAAUAAAGUGGUGGAUGUUGACAACCUGAAAGUCAAGCUGCAGAUCUGGGACACAGCUGGUCAGGAGAGAUUCCGCAGUGUAACGCACGCCUACUACAGAGAUGCCCAGGCGUUACUUCUACUUUAUGAUAUCACCAACAAGCCAUCAUUUGACAACAUCAGGGCUUGGCUGACUGAAAUAUUCGACUAUGCCCAGAAGGAUGUGGUCAUCAUGUUGCUCGGCAACAAGUCAGACAUGGCUGCAGAGAGGGUGGUGAAGAUGGAGGAAGGAGAGAAGCUGGCCAAGGAAUACGGAGUGCCGUUUAUGGAGACCAGUGCGAAGACUGGGGUCAACGUGGAGCUGGCUUUUCUCGCAAUAGCAAAGGAGCUGAAGCACAGAGCAACGCAGCUGCCAAAUGAGCCCAAGUUCAAGCUUCACGACUACAUCGAAUCUCAGAAGCACAAGUCUGGCUGCUGCAGGCUCGGGUAGCAGAAGCCGAACGCCACGCAGAGAGACGGAUAAAGGGUAGAGAAAGGAUGGAUGGAGGGAGGGAGGGAGGGAGGGAUUGAAGAUGGGGUCAAGGUAAAAAGAAUAAAGAUAAAAUGUCAGCUCUCUCUUAUGAAAAGCCAACACACACAACC